GAAGCGCGCGCGCAUGCGUGCUUGGUCAGGCGUACUCGGAGCGGGUUCGUGGGUCGCCGGCUGCUGCGGGGAAAGGCGGGGAGUGGGGGGCGGCUGUGCUGCGGGGGCACGCACGCACGCAGGCGCGCACCCGUCUCUGGAUCCGCCAUGGCAGGAUCCGCGCAGGGGCCGCUCGGGAGGUUGCGGCACCUGUGCGGCCGCUACCAGGACUACGUGAAGCGACACCCGGCGGCCACAGCUCAGCUGGAGAGCACCGUGCGCGGCCUCUCUUACCUGUUGCCAGGUAGGCGGGGGGGGCGAGCCGGGGAGACCGAAGCCGGGGGGGGGGGGCGUUGAGGAAUCCCAGCUCCCUUUCUCCAACGCAGAGUCGCCGCGGGGAAAGGUUUGCCAUUUACCUCCCCACCCCCCGGCAGAAGAUGGUGUGGGCGCGGCUUCAGAGCUGCGCGGCCGGCAGAAUUCCCUGGAAGGAAGCCCUUCACGCCCACUCCCUUUCCCCGCUUCUGUGUCCUGCCUUUUAUGUUGCAAACUUGAGGGCAGGAGUUGUCUUGCAUGUUAUUUAUCUCUUUUGGCCAAAGAGUACAGUGAAAGUGCUUUAAAUCAAUAACUGAUCAGCCAGUGGCUUAUCACCACAUCUUGGGAAAGUAAAUUUCAUUAGUUAAUAGUGUAUCGUGUGGAAAAACUACUCUCCUUUGCCCUGAAUUUACUACCAAUCAGUUUCACUGCCUGGCCUCUACCUCCUUGCAUUAUGAGAUGGGGUGGGGAAGUAUCUCCUCUCUGUGUACUAUUAUCAUUUGAUAAGCUUUAGUUGCCUUUUUUCUAGACUAAAAACUUCAAAUACUUUGACUUAUACUUGAAGGGAAGGUAUUCCAACACUUUAAUAUUUUUGGUUGCCCCUCUGCCAUGCCCUUCUUAAGUCUGGAUACAAAGAACAGUGUUCCUGAAGUGAAAGCACUAUUUGUUUGUAUAAAGUCGUUAUAAUACAUUAACAUUUUCUGUUAAACCUAUUAAUCCCAAACAAAACAAAAAAAAUCUUAAUUUUUCACUUAUGUUGACAUAGCAGCAAAAUCCCAAGGUACCUUUGUUAGGUAGACAUAGGCAGCUCAGAUCCCAUAUUGCCUCAAUGUCUAUCACUUUAUAACUAUUUGCGCUGCAUUUCCUUUGCCAUUUUGUUUUCUGUUGUGGACAAAUGAUUUUGGAGUUUUUCAUGGUCUGUUUGACUUUUCACCACACUUGAAUAAUUUGCUAUCAUCUGCAAACUUGGCUGCCUCAUUGGAUAAUAUAUAAAUAAGUUAAAGUUCCCAAUACUUAUCCCAGUUCAGAUGCUUGGAGAGCCUCUCUGUUGUGACAACUGUUGUUCCUACCAUCUGCUUCCUAUUCUUGCACCAUUUCCCACUCCACAAGUGGACCUGUCCUCUGGUUCCAUACUUCCAUAUUUUAUCAGUUAGGGUGGUGAUGGAACCAAAUGAUAACCAUCACCUGACUAUAAGUUGCAGUAUACCUGGUCAAGAGAACAUCUGAAACAAAAAUAAAAUAAUUUGCUCAUUGUUCAUCAGAAAAAAACAAUAUUUUUAACCUAAUUAUGACUAUUUUGUUUAAACCAUAAUUUACAGUGGCCCCAGUGUCUGUCAAAUAUAAAGGAAAAUCUGGGAUUACAUUCCUACAAUGCUAUGGCAAAAAGACUCAAAUUGGAGAAUUGUCAUCUGUCAUUUACCUAUAGGACGUGUCUCCUCUUGUUGAUGAAACUGCAGUGCAGCUCUGUAUUGGUUAAGAAGAUGCAGAGUAGAUGUAGGCUUCUGUGGGAAAUUUUAACCUCCAGGCUGAUUGAGCAACAGGGUAGCAUAUUUGUGUAAGAAUUGCAUCAAAGCCUUUCCCUCAGAAGACCUGUUUGGACUGUUUUCAAAAGAGUGUGGAAUAUUGGCUCAUGUCUUCCUUAUGCUUAUUUUCCAGGUCGGUUUUCUGACUCUCAUGAACUGUCUGAGCUGGGUAAGUAGAGCUGGAGAUUGGCUGUGGGGUCCCAGACCUAUGCUAUGUUUUGCAAAUAAUGUCAUGCUUUGUUGGGAGAAGAUGACCUGAAGGAGGCCUUGUCUUAAGGAGAAAGAUUUAAUGCAUAGCCAAGAUUUCCCAGUGGUUGCUGAAAGUUUUGGUGCAGAGUAAAUGAGCUUGGACUGGGGAAAAACAAACAAACUUUUUCUUAUGAAAGCCUAUUGACCCAAAGGGAAAUGAUAAUAAUGUGGGCAGGGAGGCACACACACAGUUAUGAGGCAGAGGGUGUUCACUGUAGCGACCCCAGGGUUUAAAAUUCAUUGCUCCAUUAGACUGCCACACUAUAGACCUUUCAGAAUGAUCUGAAGGCUCACUUUUUUCACUUGAGGGUUUUAAAAAUUAUCAUACCGUUCUUGCUACUGGUUUUGAUGACAUUUUAGUAAUUCUCGGUGGACAUUUAUUAGUUACGGUACUAGUUUCCCAGUAAUUCAUCCUUAUUUUAUUGUAAUUUUGUGUUUUAAUGUAAGCCAUCUUGAAAGAGUUAGUUAAUAGUUUUUCUAGACUGCUCUUCAUCCAGAAGGAUUUCAGGACAGUGUACAAUAUAGUAGAACCUCUAAACUCAAAAAGAGGAGGUGGUCCUUUAAGUAUUUUGGUCUUAAGUCAUCUAGGGCCUUACAGGCUAACAUUACAAAUUGGGUGUGGUACCAGAGGCGGCCAGCAUAGUUCCUGAAGGCUAGAUAUAAUCUCACCUUGCUGUAAUGUUCAAUAAUCCAGUGGUGGCAUUCUGCACACGCUGCAAUUUUCAGGCCAUUUUCAAUGGGAUCCCCAAGUAGAGUGCAUUACAACAAUUUGUUCUUGAGUUCACUGUGCCCAAGCUAUCCUAAUCCAGGAAGGGGGACACUUGGUGACUCAUCCAGAACUCUGGGGCUCAAGCAGUUGGAACAAGGAGUACUCACAAACUACCAAUCAUCUCUGUGAACUUCAUCUAGAAGAGGUUUUCUCUGCAACUUCCAGACACAAUAACUGCCUACCAACAGUGCUUUCAUCUUGUUGGGUUUCAGUUCACUCUCAAGUCAGUGUAUAAAUACAUUAAAUAAAUAAAUGGUAAUGGUGAAUGUUUUCUGAUGCCCUAGGCAACUGCCAGCAAAUGGCUAGUUUCACUCCAUUAAAUUGAUGUUCAGAUCCUGUAUGUCUAAGCCAUUUAUAUCUAAUUAAAAACAAGCAAAUUACUGUCUGUUUUGUAUCUGAUUUGCUUCUGCUCAUUCUUUCUUGCAACAGCCAUCCUACUUCAAUAAGGCCAGAAUAUUUGCCAGGUGCUAGCAGCCUAGCUCAGGUCAAAGGUAUUAUGAAGACUAUAAGCAAACAUCCAUUCUGAAAUAGCAUUUAUGGUGAUAAAGAUAUACCAUCUGAUAGCAUCAUGCCAAGGGCAAGAAUGAAUGGACCUGUUUACCACACACACUCAUUGCACCAGAUUAUGGAAGAGAGCCAAGGCUACCUAUGUGCAACUGAGAAAGUUGCAUAAUUGUGAAGACCUGCCCAGAGAUGGCAAUGCUCACUUUACCUUCAGGAUGCCUCUCCUUCAAAAAAAAGGUUGUUUGAUUAAAUCAGUGUCCUCUUCUAAUCAGUGGCCUUUUUCUUUUCCUGGUUAUAAGCAGUAAUUCUUCCUGUGCCUUUUCUACCUUUUCCUUUCUCAGUUUAUUCUGCCUCCAAUUUGCUGGUGCUGUUGAAUGACUGGAUCCUUCGGAAAGAGCUGCAGCCCCCUCUUUCUGCGGUAAGAAUCUUUUCUAUGCAAGAGAAGAGGCAGGUGGGGUACAAUCCCUGUCUCCCAUGCCAAGGACUAGAAUGUUGCGCCUGGAUUUUAUCCUGUUGGCAAUAGAUUCUGAAGUUGCUGCUAUCUGGUUGAAUCUUGGGCAUCUGCCAGCCCUUGUCUGCUUGCGCCACAACAUUCUGGAAGGUUGAUGAAAGUUACAGUGGCCUCCAGGAAUACUGCUGGCUUAUACUGUGAGUGACACCAGUUUCUUGAGCCAUUCAAAAUCCAACUCUUUCUUUACCUGGUGUGCACCACAUGAACUCUGGCCUCUAUGUAAUUCCCUUUGAGGAUUGGGGUGGGGGUGCGGGUGCGGGUGAAGGAGCCCAAUUGAUCUUUCACUGAAAUCAAUAUAUUCUUUAGGAUCUUCUUCCAUUUCAGUUGUGGUGGUAGAACAGAAAGCAUCAGGCCCUGCUGAGUUUAAAGGAGAGUUUGAGGACAUGGGGUAGCAUUGAAGGUUUGGAGACAAAGGGAGCAGGUUGCUCAGUCAUCAGGGGACCGACAAAAUAAAUGAUGAUGAUAAUUAAUAAUUUUAUUAUUUAUACCCCUGUGAUUAUAAGAAUUUGUGUAGCUCAGUUGUGCAGUCCUGAGCAUUUUGACUCACCAAGCAGUCCCGCUCACUAUUGUGGGAUGGAAUUUUUUUUCCAGUCCUUCAUUUUUCUGUGGAAAGCUUUCUAUUUUCAUAAACUCAUUAUUAAUGAUUAAAUGGAUGCCAAUUACAAAUAUAGUAUAAGGCAAACUUGGCAGUUUCAAUGUGUUUUGUUUACUAAGCACAAGUAGAAUAAACACGUUAAAUUAGAUCGCUCUCUAGGGCAUGAGAAAAUUUUCCAGUGCCAACUAUUUUUUAUGCAAAUUACAUUAAUUUGUAUAUGUUUUUCCCAUCUUGAAAUUUUUUGAAAAAUCCACAUCACGGGUUCUGCUGUGUUCAAGAGAGCUUACUCCCUAGUCUUCUUUAAGAUUGCAGGCUCUUACUGUUCUGCUUCUUAUGGUCAUGAGAAAUAUGUUGCUGAUUAAAGAUCCAGCUAAUCCAGCCUUUGCCAAGCUGAGGCUCUCCAGAUGUUUUGGACCAGAUGUUUUGCACCAGCCCUAGUCAGCACAUGACAUGCCCCAGGUUGGUGAAGGCUGAUUUGAUCCAAUGUUGUAAAACAGUGACUUCCCAGCAGAGAUCUGUAAGCAGGGAAUGAGAAAGGUAGCCAUCCUCUGUUACUUACCCCCACCAUGUGUCCCAAGAGACUUUUUGCUAACUUAUUUGUCAGGAAAGCUUGAGUUCGGCUAACCUCUCUACCUGCAGGCAAACACAACUGUGGCACACAGAUCUUUGUUGUUGUGUGAUUGAUGAGCCUGUGCGACGGUAUUUAAAGCUGGUAGGGCCACUGGAAUCCAGCUGGUUCCCUUACUUCCCUUUGUAUGAGGGACUCUUGAUCCAUUCCUCCUCUCAGCCCCCGCAGAGUCACCUUGCUACAGCUUUGGCUAUGCCUUGAAGCUGGUCGCAUCAUGUUGUCUCUCACUUGCCUCUUGCUUUGCAGGCACUUCCCCAGCAGAAACUGUUGACAUGGCUGAGUGUCAUCGAAUGCGUGGAGGUCUUUGCCGAGAUGGGGGCUGCCAAGGUGUGGGGUGAGACUGGCCGGUGGGCCAUCAUUGUCCUCAUCCAGCUGGCCAAGUGAGUGUUCAAUGGAGAGGAACUAUUGCACCUUGUGAAUCCCAAGGAUGAAAAUGUGAAUCCUUUGGUGGGAGGCGGGGGAAAGAGACCCUUUUUGGAACCUUGAUUGUUAGGGUUAAUGUGCCACAAUAAAGUGGUACCUCUGGUUACGAACGCUUCAGGUUACGAGCUCCGCUAACCCAGAAGUAGCUGCUCCUGGUUGUGAACUUUGCCCCAGAAUGUAAACAGAAAUCAUGCACCUUUGGCACAUGGGCAGCGGGGAGGCCCCAUUAGCGAAAGCGCGCCUCAGGAUAAGAAUGGACCUCUGGAACGAAUUAGGUUCGUAACCAGAGGUACCACUGUACUCUAGGUUGGGCACUUCCUGCAUGACACUGAGAGCACUGUUCUAGUUUUACAAUGUUCCCUAGUUGCAGUGUUCCAUCAUGGGACUGGAUUGGGUCAUUGUACUCAGAUAGCACCUUGUUCCAACUGGGCCUGCCCAAGGAGCUGUAUGCCUUUGGGAUUCCUUCAGUUACAGUUCCCCAGCUGCAUCCCUCACUUGAUUGCUGUCUUAACUCUUCCUUCUCCUCCAGUGAUUGUAGCUGGAACUUCUGGUAACAGCAGCAACCUGACGGGAACCUCACUGUACACAUAUCACUGAACAGGGUUGCAAAUGCAAGGUUGCAUGAAUGGUCCUGUGAUGGCAAAUCGGAGAGCUGUAUCUUUCUACCGCCUUGGCAGUGAAGCGUCUAGUGUGCGCCUGGCAUUUAUAGCCCUUGAUUUGCUUUAACCCACAGGGCCAUCUUGCGCCUCCUGCUCUUGCUGUGGUACAAAACUGGCAUCCAGACAUCUCCUCCUAUUGUGCCUCUAGACAGAAGGCAGUCAUUGCAGCAGAAAGGUGAGUCAGGUGCAUGGUAGAUUGCAACCACUUUGGCUUUAGUCAGGAAGGAAGUUCCAAAUGCCGGCCAACUGAUUGACUAGGUUUGAGAAAAGGAAGGCUUUGUGUAACCUGAGCAGCAGAAAAUCUUUGUCAUUUCACCACAUGUUCAUCUCGGUUUUUGCAAACUCUUUCGCAGACUGUUGAACUCCCUAUGGCCCUUUAGCUGUUGCUGGACUCACAUCAGCCCCAGCCAGCAUAGCCCAUUGGUCAGGGAUGAUGAGAGAUUAUAGCCCAAAAACAUCUAGAGGGCAUCUCAUUGGCUAGCCCUGUUUUUAGGCUUUAGCUUGUGGCAUGAUGUGCCUGGGACUUGCAGUCUUCCUCCCUGUUAGAAAAUUUGAAGAGCAUUUUCUGGUGCCCUGUCCAGGCUUUUCUUUAGUGUCAGCAGUCUGCAGAGGGUCACAUUUCUCCUCAGACUUAAUGUAUCCUCAAGCCUGUGAGUCUGCUGUUCUGUUUCAAUGAAUGUGCUAACCUGAACAGAUCAUGAACUGGAGUGGAGGAGGGCUUUCCCCCUGCCCCUUACUGUGGUCUUAUUUACCUGUCUCCUGACAGAUAUGGAGGUAAACUCAAUAGGGAAGGAGCGGAUAUAUGUGGGGAAGCGCUGUAGCCGUGUUGUGAGAUCUCUCGAUAGCAGUGAGUAUCUUUCUCGUUUGUCUCCCAUGUUACACCUACGGUAGAACUAGGUUUCUGCAUGUGUUGCCAGGUCGCAAAUGUAAAGUGUGCACAUGUAUACAUGUACUCAGACACACAAGGGCAUCUCCAUAAACGGCAGCAGUUUUCGACAUACCAGUACAAAAAGGGUUUAGAUAGUUUAAAUUAUUUUAUUUUAUUUUAAACUGUAUUGUUUUAACAGAUUGAUAGCUGGCUGCCCUGGGGUCUUUGGGAGGAAGGUUAGGAUAGAAAUUAAAUAAGUUGUUGCACAAGUACAGAGAAUGCAGACAUUCUGCUGAUGGCUGAAGGCAGCCCUGUUUAGGGAAGCUUUUAAUGUUUAACAGACCAUUGUAUUUUAAUAUUUUGUUGGAAGCUGCCCAGAGUGGCUGGGGAAACCCAGCCAGAUGGGCAGGGUAUAAAUAAUAAAUUGUUGUUGUUGUUGUUGUUGUUACUCAUCCAAAGUAUGAUACCCAUGAAAAGCUGAGUCUUUUUCUUUCUUCCUUUUUAAUUUUAGCCCCAUCCCUGCACUCCAGACAUUGGGGAGCACCUCAGCAAAGGGAGGAGAAGCAGAACCGAAGAGCAAUGGAGACAGACCAGCUGCCAACCCCUUUGAGCGCCCAGGAAACAGUUGCUGAGUCCAUCUACAUUACCCGCCCGUUGCUCCACUGUAUCCUCCCUGCAGUGUAUCCUGUGCGCCACCAGAGAGAGCUGCAGCCCCAGUGUGGAGCAUCAUGGCCCUUAAUGCUGAGCGGGUCUUGACUCCUGGGCAAACUCUUGGAGGCUUUGCUUCAGUCAGUGGGCCUGAAGAUCUGCCCCAAUUAACGUCCCCUGUUAUUCUGAACCUGCUUUAAUUUUUGCUGCUGUAGCCCCCAUGGGCUCAUGAGACGGCUGGGAAGUCUUUCUGCUUCUAUAGUUUUUUGCCUGUUGUCUGUUCAGUUCCUUAACUCUUGCACAUAGUGGUGAGCGUAGGCUUAUGGGGACAGAGAUCGUGGAGACCCUGGCUCCUUUCAGCAGUCUUGGAUAUCUCAAGGUCAGUUGGGAUAAAAGCAUUUCAUCAUCCUGGAUCCAUUUUCUUUCACCUUGAAUUUUUUGUAAAAUGUUGAUUACCUGGUUGUUUUUACUCCACUAGUGGUGUGCCUCUCUGCAGCUUCAGGGGGAGAAGCAGCCCCGCUGUGAGGAGCUGGCAGGAAAAGGAGGGCUUUAUCUUUCAUGGCAGAGGCUGCCGGGUUGUCCUCCUGUCCCGUUUGUUUGUUUGUUUAAUUUUAUUUAUACCCCACCCUCCCCGGCCAAGACCAGGCUCAGGGCGGCUAACAUCAAGUAUAAAAACAAUCGAUUAAAAUACAACUUAAAAUGCAGCCUCAUUUCAGUGGAAGCCCAGAUCAAAAACUGUUUGUGGGAAGAAAACGUCAAAUCUUCACCAAGGUCAACUAUCCAGACUGGUCCUACGUGGGCCAGAAAAAAGCAAAAAGCCAGGGAAGUCCCCAAUUAGGGGUUCCAUCACAGAAGGAAAAGGAAAGAGGGGGAGGGGAUCAGGCUGAUUCCAAGCCAAAGGCCAGGUGGAACAACUCUGUCUUACAGGCCCUGCUCUCUGAGAGAUGGUACCAGGCUUCCUUUGAACCAGGGUGCACCUCUGGAACUCAUUUUCAACAGCAGGACUCAACUUUGGAACAUAAAAGUGGGAAGGGGAUAGUGAGAAACAGAGGGAGGGAGUGUGUGUUUGUCAAAUUCCUCACCACUUAGAUUAGGAGGAAUAUCGUUCAGGUCAACAAGUACUAUUCUCAGGCAGGCUUGACGCCUAGUUGCGCUCCUGUUUUUUAAAAAAUGAUUCAGAGAAUCAUUUUAAAAAAUGAUUGGGAGAAUAGCUUGGCACUCCACACACACAUAUCCAGUGCCUUGUGAUUUCUCUGCUUUCCCUUCUGCAGUUUGAGUUUACUGAGUGACAUGAAAGAUCUCAACAAGCGCGAGCGUGUGGAGCUGAGGCGUCGGACUCUCCUGCUGCUGUACUACCUGCUGAGAUCUCCUUUCUAUGAUAGAUACUCUGAGUAAGACUGCCUGGCUGCCUUCUUUUCAACCGUAUUAAAAUCCCCACCCCCAUAAGGAGACCUCUGGAUUUCUAAAAGAGAAACCCGUGGCUUGUGAGCAUUCAGCACCCAAACGGGUUUUGUCUGUAAGCUCCAUUCCAAGAGUCCCAUUCCCAUUGGGAAGGAAGCCAUUCUCAUGGGCUCAUCUGAGGUGUUUUUUCUCUUUCUCUCUCUCUCUGUGUUCCUUCAGGGGCAGGAUCCUCUUUCUGCUGCGCCUGCUGGCAGAUUACGUCCCUGGAGUUGGCUUAGUCACUCGUAAGUAGCUGACUGCUGUGAUUGGUCUUUUUAAAGGAAGCUGAUAAAGGUUAAGGAGACCGUAGGGAGAAUCCUCCAUUGGUUUUGGGAUAACCAGUUCAAGGGGCUUUCAACUCGGCACGUGCUUAGAUGAGGGGUAUUCAAGGAUAGCAGCAGGGCUAGAAGAUCUCCAAAUUUUAAAAGUUGGCACUAGGAUCUGUGAAGCUGAAAUGUCUCUUCAAAGACUUUAGGUGUGGCUACUAAAAAUGCUUUGCUGCUGUUGUCUACUAUUGUCACAUACGUAUCUCCACAGCUUAAAAAGAUGCUGGUGCACAUUUGAAUAAAAUGUAUAUUCUCUUUUAGUAGGAUACAUCAAUCCUCCAUAUACUUGGUGAUUGUUUCCUUCACUGUUUAUAUCUAGCUUGGGCGCUAAUAUUUCAUUAAAAUCUCCUCCUAUUAUUAGUACAGUGUUGGUGGGGGUGCAGUCAGGGAACCAUCAGAGCAGCAUGUAGCGGGAGGAAGACAAGAUUGUUCCUUCAGUGUAAGCAAUUCUGCUUGCCUGACCAAAGCAUCUCAGUGCUACAUUGAAUGCUGCUCACUGUUUUGAUACUUGCUUUUAAAAAAUGUACAUGUUUUGAUGCAGGCAUGGCUUACAAAUUGUCUGAAUAAAUAGCAACUUUUAGGAGUUGACAGUGGGGAUUCUGUGCAGAAUCUAGACUGUUGAGCAACACAGGAAUAGCAGUUAUUAUUGGUCAGUUUUCCUUCUCCAAACAUCUUUUCUGUCAAGACAAAGGGGGUCUCUGCACAGGACCCCUUCCUGAGAUAUAUUUCAUAUCAGUCCUUCCUUUAGAUAUAUGAAUAUUGGAACUCUUUUCUUGCCCUAUGAAUAGCCCUCCACAUCCUUUAUUUCAUAUGCCCCAUCUGUGAUUUCAGAACUUAGGAUGUUGGCUGGGAAGGGGCAGUUGUGGAAGCAAAUGUUGGCAAGUUAAUUUCUCACAUGUUGCUUUAAGGUCUUCCAGUUCAUUUUCACAUUUUUCUCCCUUCUUCAUUUCAGGGCCACUGAUGGACUACUUGCCAGCCUGGCAGAAAAUUUAUUUCUACAACUGGGGUUGAUUUGGCCUCAGCUCAGGUUAUUGCAGCCAGAGGGCGCUCCGGCUAAAAGCAGAAGCUUGUGGUGGUAGGAUGACUUUAUACAGCGGGAGGCAACCUUGAGACUUUAAAGAACAGCAGCAGCAGCAACAACACAACAUGUGUCUUUCUAUGGCUUAUGCUAAUGAUUACUGAGAGAAGAGUAAGGGCUCUUCUGACAUCUUUUUUUUUUAAUGUAUCUCCCUGUGAACUAAGAAUGCUACAAAGAGUAGGUCUUAAAGUUCCUAUGCUACUCCUCUCUCCAUUCUGAAUUAUGGUUUUGAAUCUCAUGGGGGCUGUGGAGGGGGACCCUUUUUUUUGGUAUGUAUUUUCUAUGGCUAUGAAUGAAUAAAGCCGGGAGUCGGCAGUGCUUUUGGGCUAA